AAAAAAAGAAAAAAAAGAUUCCAUAUUUCGAGGGAAAGGUCUCUCUGUUCCUAUCCCGGCGCUGUCACAUCUGGAAUUUUCCGAUUUUGUCACUCUCCGGUGAAUAAAGGAAGCGAAUUUUUAUCGCAACAGAUUGGGUUAUUGAUGGCGGCGAGCGCGAAUCCUUCGGGAAACAAUCAGGAAGGUUCGUCGGCGGCGGCGCAGAAGGUAUCGUCUUCAUCCGCGGCGGCGGCGAACGGAGCUGCUGUGAAUUCGGUGGAUAAUGGUUUAAAUUCAGCGGUGGAUAAUUCGCAGACGAUAAGCGCGUUGAGGCAUAAUCCAGGGAUCUCUGUAGAUUGGACUCACGAGGAGCAAUCGUUAUUGGAAGAUUUGCUCGCAAAGUACGCGUCGGAGCCUACGAUAGUUAGGUAUGCGAAGAUUGCUAUGAAGAUGAAGGAUAAGACGGUUAGAGAUGUUGCUCUCCGUUGUAGAUGGAUGACUAAGAAGGAGAACGGUAAGCGUAGGAAAGAAGACCAUUCCUCAAGGAAGAGCAAAGAUAAGAAAGAAAAAACUACGGAUACUUCAGCCAAGUCCUCGUCUCAUUUGAAUGUGCAUCCGAAUGGUCCUUCAUAUGCUCCUCCUAUGAUGCCUUUAGAUACUGAUGAUGGCAUUUCAUAUAAAGCUAUUGGUGGUGUGAGUGGAGAUCUUCUUGAACAAAAUGCUCAGAUGUUCAACCAAGUUUCAUCAAAUUUCUCAGCUUUUCAGAUACAUGAUAAUGUCAACAUCUUGUGUAAAGCUCGAGACAACAUCCUUGCAAUACUGAACGACUUGAAUGACAUGCCAGAGGUUAUGAAGCAGAUGCCUGCUCUUCCUGUGAAGCUGAACGAAGAGCUGGCGAAUUCAAUCCUCCCUCGCCCUCCACCUCCCCAUCAAAGGAAACCGUGAUGGAUCUUAUGGAGCCGUUCUAUGGUUGGUUCUGACCAAAAACUCUCUAUAGUCGGGGAAUCAAUGAAGAAAAGAAUAAAUGACGGGAUCAAAGAGUUCCACUCGUAAUGGAUGAUGAUAUAGGAUGCAGGUUUACUAGUCUCUCUUUCAGUUUCAGUCGUCGCAAAUGGUUUCGUUGAUACUUGAGUAGUAGAGUUUUAUUUGUCGUUUUAGGAUGUAAAUAGAUUGUAUAAAAUUGGUUUCAAGCUUCAAGGUUUGAGAUUUGCAAUUGUCAUAUACAACCCCCCUCUUUUAAAAAGAAACGAAUGUACUCAUUAUUUCUUGUAAUAAAUAAGAAAGCCGGAUGGUUUUGUGACA